AAGAACUUCCGGUCUGUUUCCGGGUUUCUUCGGCUACAACGCAUCUAUAGGAUGUUAAAUUAAAUGUUAUUCAACCACUUUUAGAUUCAUUUUUAGCCAGCAUAUGUUGCCGUCGUCACUGAGUGCUAACAUUUCUUUAUGAUCACACAGCCUUUGUUAAGUGUUGUUUGCGCAUGUCAGAAGAACACGCAAGGGAUCGUGGCGCUUUUGCUGAAUAGUAUAGGUUCUUCCACGAUGGAGAACACAUGUACCGACACGUUCCUCAUCACAGGGGGUUGUGGAUAUUUCGGUCACCGCCUGGCCUGCUCCCUGCAUAAACAAGGAGCCCAUGUUAUUCUGUUCGACACCAAUGCUCCAACCCAAGAAGUACCAGAUGGCAUUGUGUUUGUGCAGGGUGACAUACGCAUCUAUGACCAAGUUGAGCAAGCCAUGAUGGGUGUGGAUUGUGUUUUCCACAUUGCAUCUUACGGCAUGUCUGGCAGAGAGCAACUGAACCGACAACUUAUAGAGGCCGUCAAUGUUCAAGGGACACGCAACGUCCUAAAGGCCUGUGUUGAGUGCAAAGUGCCCAGGCUUGUGUACACCAGCACCUUCAACGUGGUGUUCGGAGGGCAGACGAUAGAGAAUGGCGAUGAAAGCCUCCCGUAUCUGCCUCUCCAUCUCCACCCAGACCACUACUCCAGAACUAAGUCCCUCGCUGAGAUGGCUGUGCUGAAAGCUAAUGGUGCAACAUUGAAGGACAACUGCGGGCUGCUGAGAACCUGUGCACUGCGUCCAGCGGGAAUCUACGGUCCAGGGGAACAGAGGCACCUACCUCGUAUAGUUAGGUAUAUAGAAAAGGGGAUCUUCAGGUUUGUUUAUGGUAAACCCAACAGCCUGGUAGAGUUUGUUCAUGUGGACAACCUGGUGUCAGCUCAUGAGCUCGCUGCAGAGGCACUGGCACCAAAAAAGCAACACCGCUCCGCUGGCCAGGCCUACUUCAUCUCAGAUGGCCGACCCGUCAAUAAUUUUGAAUUCUUCAGACCUCUGAUUGAGGGCUUGGGCUAUUCCUACCCAAAACUGCGUCUCCCAAUCUCACUCAUCUACUUUUUUGCUUUUCUCACUGAAAUGGUGCACCACCUUAUUGGCCCCUGGUAUAAUUUUCAGCCACUUCUGACUCGUACGGAAGUGUACAAAACUGGUGUGACACAUUAUUUCAGCAUGUCAAAAGCCAAAGCAGAGCUGGGUUAUGAACCUCAGGAGCACAGCCUGGACGAGGUGGUACACUGGUUUAGAAGUAGAGGUCAUGGGAGAAAAGCCCACAACUCCUUCAGUCGCUUUCUCCUUAACCUGUUUUUUGUGGCUGCCUUUGUUGCUGCAGCUCUGUCUUUUCUUCCAGUUGUCGGAGGUUAAAAAGGAGCCACAGGGUUUUCAUUCAAUCAAACAUUUUCAGCAAUGUAUGAAAAUGUGUUCCGUAAAUUGCAGUUUUAUAAAAUGUCAUUAUUGACAGCUGCUUAGAAACAGAUGAUUCAGUGUAAAAUAAGAACAAUUGUUUUUUAAAAUCCAGGAUAUUAAUUUAUCUUCUAAUUUCUAUUAUUUCCUGACCAAAUGAAAA